AUGUCGUCCUCCGAUUUACAGCUGCCGCCCGGCUUCAGGUUCCACCCGACGGACGAAGAGCUCGUGAAGCACUACCUCUGCCGCAAAUGCCAGUCGCAGCCGAUUUCGGUCCCGAUAAUCGCCGAAAUCGAUCUCUACAAAUACAACCCCUGGGACCUCCCUGGUUUAGCGUUGUACGGUGAGAAAGAGUGGUAUUUCUUUUCGCCGAGGGACCGGAAGUAUCCGAACGGUUCGAGGCCGAACCGGGCGGCCGGGAGCGGCUAUUGGAAGGCGACCGGAGCGGAUAAGCCUAUCGGGAGCCCGAAACCAGUCGGGAUUAAGAAGGCUUUGGUUUUCUACGCCGGAAAAGCUCCGAGAGGAGAGAAGACCAAUUGGAUUAUGCACGAGUAUCGCCUUGCCGACGUCGACCGCUCGCCUCGAAAGAAGAGCAGCAGCCUAAGGCUGGACGAUUGGGUUCUGUGUCGCAUAUACAACAAAAAGGGCACCGUCGAGAAACAGCAGCAGCAGCAGCAGCAGCAACAGCAACAACAGCCAUCGACGAGUCGUUUGAGCAGCGGCUCGGAAUUCGAGGACAGGAAGCCGGAGAAUCUGGCGUGUCCUCCGCCGCCGGCUGCGGUAGCCCCCACUCGCCCGAACGACUACGUGUACUUCGACACGUCGGACUCUGUGCCGAGGCUGCACACGGACUCGAGCUGCUCGGAGCACGUGGUGUCGCCGGAGUUCACUUGCGAGGUGCAGAGCGAGCCCAAGUGGAAGGAGUGGGAGAAGGCCCUCGAUUUUAACUACAAUUACAUGGACACCAGUGUAGAGAACGGGUUCGGGGCGCAGUUCCAGAACGCUAAUCAGAUGUCGCCGCUGCAGGAUAUCUUCAUGUACCUACAGAAGCCGUAUUGA